GUGCCGGUGUACAUUGAAAAGUACAACGACUACGGGCACGACUAUGGGCACAGUAGCGGCUACAGCCCACUGUCUGCAUAUGGCAUGAGCGACUACUUUGGCAAUGUCGGAGGCGGUGGCGGAAGUGCCGGCGGAUACUCCCAUGGACCAUAUGGCGACUACGGAGGUCACUACGGAGGGGGUGGGGACCACUAUGGCGGCUCAUAUGGUCACGAGGCAAUGAGCUACGGCGGGGGAGAUGAGUACGGUCAUGGCGGUGGCGAUUACGGCGGUGGCGCCUACUACGGCGGUGAUGGUGGUGGGGGCAUCAGCUAUGAUGGAUAUGAUCAAGGAGGGCGUGGCGUACAACUUAUGGGGUCCGGCGUGGAUGGAUCUGAUUGCGCUGUUGCAGAGCUCACAAGAUCAGAUGGCAUACGGAAACUCGUUGAUGGCAAUCGG